AUGGGUUCCUACGGCAAGGACGAGUACGUGCAUUCCUACGGCAAGGUCGAGUACAUGGAUUCCUACGGCAAGGACGAGUACAUGGAUUCCUACGGCAAGGACGAGUACGUGCAUUCCUACGGCAAGGACGAGUACAUGGAUUCCUACAGCAAGGACGAGUACGUGGAUUCCUACGGCAAGGGCGCUGGACGAGUACAUGGACUCCUACGGCAAGGAAGAGACGAGUACGUGGAUUCCUAUGGAAAGGACGAGUUCGUGGAUUCCUACGGCGAGGAAGAUUUCUUGGAUUCCUACGGCAAGGAAGAGUACGUGGAUUCCUACGGCAAGGACGAGUACGUGGAUUCCUACUGUAAGGACGCGUACGUGGAUUCCUAUGGAAAGGACGAGUUCGUGGAUUCCUACGGCGAGGAAGAGUACGUGGAUUCCUACGGCAAGGAAGAGUACGUGGAUUCCUACGGCAAGGAAGAGUAUGUGGAUGCCUACGGCAAGGACGAGUACGUGGAUUCCUACGGCAAGGAAGAGUACGUACAUUAA